AUGGCUUCCAAGUCUUCAUCAUCAGGGUCAUCACCCCCUUCUCAAUAUUCUUCUCCUUCUCCUCUGGCAAGACCGAAGCCAUGGUAUCGCCACAUAACACUCGAUCUCCUCCUCCAGAUUCUAGCAAACUCCGUCUUCCACCCCUGGAUCACUUUGAUUUUCUACCUCUGCCUGGCCUCAAUCCACAAGCACCGUGAACCUAUGGCCUACUAUACGCUAUAUUACACUGCUUUUCUCGCGGUGGUGGAGAUGUCGGGCUGGAUCAACCAUCGCAUAACCUACGGGCGGCAUAGGAGAGUGGAAUGGGAGAAGGAAGUCGCUGUCAUCACGGGCGGCGGGUCUGGAUUGGGCAGAGUACUGGCGCAGAUGUUUUUGCGGAAAGGGGCCAAGGUUGCCAUCUUGGAUGUUAAGGAGCCUGAUGCCCAGGUUGAGGAGGAGAUGGAGCGGUGGGACCUGAUCUGGGUCAAGGUCGAUGUUGGCGGUCUUGAGGAUGUGAGGAUGGCGGUGGACAGGGUCAUCGAUGAGCUCGGUUCCCCUACGAUCCUUGUCAACAAUGCCGCGACGCCUGUGAAUGGCCUUCCCCUACUGUGCUCCCCGGGAAAACCAUCGUCCCUUUCACCCGACCAGGCCCGCGAGACAUUGGCGAUCAAUGCCAUGUCACAUUUCAAUAUGCUCUCCGUGCUUCUGCCGCGACUCACGUCCUCUCCGAAGGGCGCGCAUAUAGUUACCAUCUCCUCGAUUCUCGCUCAUCUCGCGCCCGCCUGCUUGGCAGAUUAUACGUCGUCGAAAGCCGCGGUUUCAUCACUUCAUCAGACGCUCUACCAUGAACUGCGCAACAAUCCGGACCCUUCUGUUUUUGCGCGGGUCAAAACUCUCCUCGUCGAGCCAGGUCAACUCGACACACAGCUGUUCGCUGACAAUACGUCUGUUCCAUUCUAUGCGCAUUUCUUCGGCCCAGUGAUAGAGGCCAAGGACCUGGCCAAAGAGAUUGUGCGCACGAUAGAAAGGGGAGAUGGUGGCGUGAUAAGGACCCCAUUCUAUACCAAGUGUAUGCCUUUUUAUGGUGCCAUGCCAGGGACGUUUCAGCUGUUCAUGCGCUGGUUCAGCGGGAUCGAUGAAGCGAUUAUCGAGAAGACGAAAAGAAGCCCCUGA